AUGGCGUCGGUGCUGUACAUCUUAGACUCGAAAGGGAGUCCCCUCAUCUACCGGAGCUACCGCGGCGAUAUCUCGCAAGACGUCCCGAGCAUCUUUCAGCAGCGCGUCAUUGACGAAGAAGAGGCCCGCAUCACCCCCGUCUUCGAGGAGCAGGGCCACAUCUACACCUUCGUGCGUGAGAACGACGUAUAUUUACUCAUGGUGAGCAACAUCAACGCAUGCUCCCUGCAGCAGGUCGCCUUCCUGCACCGGUGCGUGUCCGUCUUCAAGGCCUAUUUCAAGACAGUGACGCAGGAAACGGUGCGGGGCAACUUCGUCAUCAUUUACGAGCUGCUCGAUGAGAUGUGCGACUUCGGCUUCCCGCAGUUCACGGAGGAGAAAGCGCUGCGGGAGUACAUACUGCAGAGCACGUUUCUCACCAGGAUCAUGGGCAACAAGACGACGCUCGCGCAGAGCGAGCUGCCGGCGGCCGUGACGGGGGCCGCCGGGUCGACGCCGUGGCGCCUGCCGCGCAACUACAAGUACUCGAACAACCAAGUGUUUCUGGACGUGAUCGAGCAGGUCGACAUGCUCGCGAACCAAGCCGGCGAGACGCUCUCGAGCGAGAUUGUUGGCACUGUCAAGAUGCAGAGCCGUCUUUCCGGCAUGCCCACCUGCACCGUCGGCGUCAAUGACAAGAUCCUUUUCGACCGAACCGGCCGCAGCGGCAACACCGUAGAGAUGGAGGACAUCACCUUCCACCAGUGCGUGAAGCUGAACCAGUUUGAAAGCGAGCGCGUCAUCUCGUUUGUGCCGCCGGACGGCGAGUUCACGCUGCUCUCCUACAGGCUCAACGACCGCAUUCAGCAGCCGGUGAAGGUGAGCUGCACCUUCACGCACCACGGCACCACACGAGUGAAGGUGCUGUGCACGCUGCAGACUAAGUACCGCACGAGCCUCACGGCGAACGAGAUGGAGGUGUACAUCCCGAUCCCCUCCGACGCCGAUCACCCUCAGUCGAACAGUCAGACAGGUCACCUGCAGUACGCGCCGCAGGUGAAUGCGCUUGUCUGGAACCUCGGCAAGAUCGCCGGCAACCGGCACUGCUCGUGCAGCGCGGAGUUCCACCUGCCCAGCAUCCGGAGUAGCGAUAUAAAGGACCUGUCGAAGAUGCCGGUGAAGGUGCGGUUUGUCAUCCCCUACUUCGCCGCCUCCGGCUUCCAGGUGCGCUACGUGAAGGUGUCGGAGAAGUCGAACUACGUGGCAACGCCCUGGGUGCGGUACGUCACGCAGAGCGGUGUAUACGAGAUACGAACGGACUGA